AUGUCCAAGCGUACCCAAGAUCUCGCCACCACGCACGCCAAUGGGUCUGUCGACAGCGCCACGGCCCCAGGAGCCAGCAAGCGACGCAGGCUCGCGGAUCCGGUGCUAGACACGCCAGUCGAGCUGCUUGCAUCUGGCAGACGAACCAGCGGACGCCACAGGCCCGUUGAAGAUGCAUCACGGCAGGCUACCCAACAACAGCAGGCUCCUGGCACGCCUGGUGGCCGACAACAACGACGAGCUGCUGCUGCGGCCAAGGAGUCUCUCUCGACGCCCAAGAGGGCUCCAGCUAAGCCGAAGGAGAAGACACCCAAAGCGACACCUAAGAAGACUCCAUCACGAAGGAACGGCAGGAGAAGGUCUGUCAAGGUUGAGGAGGUAGAGGAGGAAGAACCUGAAGAGGAAGAAGGCCCCGAAGAGGAAGAAGCGCCUGAAGAGGAAGUUGAGGGCGAUGAUGAGGAGGAGGUUCAGGUUGAGGAAGAGGCCGAACCCGUUUCUCUCACUCCUUUGGAGGAAAAGAAACAAGAGUUGGCCAAACUGAUUUCGGACAAUGAUUCACGAGUGCGUCUGCUGUUCCAUCUCAAGCAGUUUGUGUCACUCGUGUUCUACGAUCCGGCCGAGGCCAAGCAAGAUCAGAGCAGCGUUUGGGAGCAGGUGAGUAUGAGAGAGAGCAUUAUUGGUACUAGGACCCGACUAACACAGUUUCAACAAAACUACGAUCUAUGGACCAAGUACUUGGAGCGCAAGACUGGCGGCCAUAUGCGAUCCACACGACGACAAAUACGAAGCAAACAGGGUGCAUUGGAGGAUGAUUUCGUGAUCAAGCUCAAGGAGGAGAUGACUGCUGUGGAAGAAGAGGAAGAAGAGGAGCUCGUGGAAGAAGAGGAAGAAGAGGAGGAAGAAGAAGAACAAGAGGAAGACGAGGAACAAGAGCAACAAGAGGAGGAGGAAGAAGAACAAGAGGAAGAAGUAACAUCCAGACGUGGAAGCCGACGUUCGGCACCAACCAAAGCUAAGGGGAAGAGUAAGACCGCGUCGAAGACUUCUAAAUCUAAGUCGAAGGCUUCCUCUAAAUCCAAAUCCAAAUCCAAAGGCAAGGGCCAAGCACGGGCUUCAAAACUAUCCAAAUCCAGACGGUAUGUGAAUGCUGUGGAUUCCUCUUCGGAAGAAGAGUCAGACUACGAUCCCAACAAGCCCUACGAUGUGUCGAAAGAGGUAUGGGAGCCUAUCGACACUGGAUGGCUUCUUCCUGACAGUGAAGAUGAGUACUAUCACUUCGACGACAAGUUUGCCCAGCACAUGUUCCCCAAUGGUGUCAAACUAAAACUCAACGUGUCUCUGAAGCCUCCUCGAGUCACUCAUCCUGCUCAUUUGCUGUUGGAUGUGGCUGAGGGUCAAACUCCUGAUAAUCGAGAGCGCCUGGAAGGUUUCAUGAGCUCAUUCAAGCUCCUCGAUGAAGAAAUGACUCUCGAGGAGUAUGAGGAACAUUACGAGCGAGAACUUGAGACUCUCGACAAGAUCAAUGAGAUGAAACGAGAGGGCGUUUUACAGGGUUUGGCAGACGAAGAAGAAGGGGAAUCGUUGACAGUGGCUGAGAUUCGACGUGGUUUCAACGACCCUGAGCGGUCUACCCGUCCUACUCAUUGGGAUCAUGUGGUUGCUCAGGCUUGUCAUUUUGCCAAACUCAUGGCUGACGAGCGAAAGGCCCAUGUCUCUCAAGCCAAGCGUCUAGCCGCAGCUGUGGAUCAGCAUUUCCGACGUCUGGAAGGCGCUGAGGAGCGAGACAAGAAGGCCCAGGCCAAGCUGCUCAAAACCAUGGCUCGUAAGAUGGCCCAGGAUGUUAUGCGACGAUGGAAGCUGGCCGAAAAGGUUGUUCUCAAGAAGAAGGAGCAGGAGGCUAAGGAGGAGGAGCGCAAGCAGGGCAAGAAGAAGCUCAAGGAGAUUCUCGAGAACUCUGCUCAGUUAUUGGAGGCUCGUGUGAGAGGAGAUAAUGAUACUCCUGAGACUGAGGAGGGUGAGAAAGAAGAGGUAGAAGCUGUUUCUGACGAUGCUAUGUCUGACGUUGAUAUGGAGGACGACCGGGAGCAGGUUGAGGUCGAUACUCGAGACGACGAUGAGCUUACCGUUGAAGAGCUUCGGGCCAAGUACGCUGCCUUGGACAACAUCAAAGUGGAGAGAGCUGAGGAGGAGGACGAGGAGGAUGAGGAGAAUGGUGAUGAUGAGGAUGAGGACGAAGAAGAGGAUGAUGCGGAGAUCGAAGAGGAGACAGAAACGACGACUCCUGCAUUGGAGACUCCUAUCGACACCCCGGCUGAGGAAGACGAGUUCUCGUCAGACACAGACAUCACUCUGGACUCUGAAGACGAGUCGUCGUCCGAACAGGAGUCCGAUUAUGAGGCCGAGACAACUGCUCCCGGUUUAGCUGCUCUCAUGGGCGGCCCCAAGGCUAUCGAAGAGGACGAAGAGGAAGAUGAUGCAUUUGUAAUCAAGGAAGAGGAGGAGGAAGUUGAGGUGGAGGAUGAUGAAGAGGAAGAGAAGGCUGACACAGAGGUUGACCGCAAGGUUGAAACCGUGUCGGAAGCUGUUGGAGAAGCGGUUGAAGAAAUAAAAUCCAACGGAGUUGAAUCUAAACCCACUUCCAACGGCGUUGAUGUCACAGAGCUCGAUCGAGUCACCCCUGAACGAGCUCCAGCAGUCGAACCCCCCUUCCUCCUUCGAGGAACUCUUCGAGCGUACCAGCAGCUUGGUUUAGAGUGGCUAGCAGGUCUGUACAACAAUGACACCAACGGUAUCCUUGCUGACGAGAUGGGUCUGGGUAAAACCAUCCAAACCAUCUCUCUGCUGUCGUAUCUGGCCUGUGAGCAUCACAUUUGGGGCCCUCAUCUGAUUAUUGUACCCACCUCGGUUAUGCUCAACUGGGAAAUGGAGUUCAAGCGGUUUGCACCUGGCUUCAAGGUCAUGACUUACUACGGUAACCCUGUCCAGCGACGAGAAAAGCGACGUGGCUGGAACAAGGAAGACACCUGGCAUGUGUGUAUUACUUCAUACCAGCUUGUUCUUCAGGACUUGUUUGCCUUCAGACGAAAGAGAUGGCAUUACAUGAUUCUGGACGAGGCACACAAUAUUAAAAACUUCAGGUCGCAGCGAUGGCAAUCCCUUCUGCAUUUCAACACCGUGAGACGACUUCUGCUGACCGGAACGCCCCUACAGAAUAACCUCAUGGAGCUGUGGUCACUGCUGUACUUCCUCAUGCCGUCUUCUCGUAACCAGAUGGACAUGCCCGGGUUUGCCAACCUCAAGGACUUCCAGGAAUGGUUCUCUCGGCCCAUUGAUAAGAUGGUCGAGGGAGGAGUGGACGAGGAAGCAAAAACGACGGUGAGUAAACUGCACCAGAUUCUACGUCCUUAUCUUCUUAGACGUCUCAAGAAGGAUGUCGAAAAGCAGAUGCCGGCCAAAUACGAACAUGUGGUCUACUGUCGACUGAGCAAGCGACAACGGUACCUCUAUGACGACUUCAUGUCUCGUGCACAGACCCGAGAAACACUCAAAACAGGCAAUUUCCUUUCCAUCAUCAAUUGUUUGAUGCAGCUGCGAAAGGUGUGUAACCAUCCGGACUUGUUCGAAGUCCGGCCAAUUGUCACGUCCUUUGUCCAGGAGCAGUCUGUCAUCACUCCUUAUGAAAGAGUCAGUGACAGAGUCAAGUCUCUGCUUGUCAACACUGUGGACGGUGGCUAUGCCCCAAGCGAGGUGUCUCUUUCGUUCCUCGGUUUCAAUGCCGAGCUGGAAGACAUGUCUACGCAUGAAGCCACCAGUUUCCGCAAGUAUCAUAAUGUCCAGACGGUCAAGAAUCGAAUUCGGGAGCUGGAAAAGUUUUGCCCUGCCGAAACCCCGGAAGAGGAGCGGUACAACGACAUCGAGGGCCACUACAAACACAUGCACCAUGCGUCGUUCCAGCAGGUCAUUGGUUCACUCAAACGAGUGGAGUAUCUUCAUCAGAUUGCUCUGGCUAAGAAACCAGUUUACGGUCGAAAUCUUGUUGAGGUGUGUACUAUCAACACUUCUAGACUGCAACCUGAUCGUCCCGAGGAAACCAAUGAAUCGUCAUACCAUUGGCAGCUCACCCACUUGCGUCAUCCGACGGUCCAGGAGUGCGCCAACAACAUGGCUCCUUAUAUUGAGAGAUUCGCCUGCAUAACACCCAAGGCUGUUACUCUCAACAUGGCCGAGUUGAGUCUUGGGGGCAUUGGUCCUAUUCUCCAGCAGCGGUACUUCAAGCAGGUGACUCCCAAAAAGUCACAGAGGGUCGUUGUUGGUCCUCCUGCUGCCAUCGCAGAUCCAUUCCACCAAGCCCAAGUCAAGUUGAGUAUCGCUUUCCCUGAUAAACGGCUCCUUCAGUACGACUGUGGAAAGUUGCAGCGCCUGGCUACCCUAUUGCAGGACUUGAUUGCCGGAGGUCACAGAGCGCUCAUUUUCACGCAGAUGACCAAGGUGCUAGAUGUGCUGGAGCAGUUCCUCAACAUUCACGGACUGCGGUACAUGCGUCUAGACGGUGCCACCAAGAUCGAGCAGCGACAGCUGUUGACGGAGCGGUUCAACACGGAUCCCAAGAUUCCCGUGUUCAUUCUCUCUACUCGGUCUGGAGGUCUGGGUAUCAACUUGACGGGAGCAGACACGGUCAUCUUUUACGACUCGGACUGGAACCCGUCCAUGGACAAGCAGUGCCAGGACCGAUGUCAUCGUAUCGGACAGACCCGAGAUGUGCAUAUUUACCGGUUUGUUUCUGAGCACACUAUUGAAUCCAACAUUCUCAAGAAGGCGAAUCAGAAACAGAUACUGGACAACGUUGUCAUUCAGGACGGAGAGUUCACCACGGACUACUUCAACAAGAUGAGUGUGCACGACAUGCUUGGUCUUGAGCCAGAUGACGACGCUGCUCCUGUUGCCGACACACUCAAUCUCAGUGGAAAAAACCUCGAGCGAGCGCUGGCCCAGGCUGAAGAUGCCGACGAUGCUGCUGCUGCCAAGGUGGCCACCAAGGAGACAAAUCUGGACGUGGAGGACUUCGACGAGACGCAGAAGGAAAACAACAAGGGUGCCACUCCGGGCUCUCGUUCUACUUCUGCUACACCUAUGGAGAAGGAGAACACCGGAGAGUUGUCGUCUGCCAUGGAUAGUCCCACUCCUGUGGCUACUCCGGAUGUGGCUGUUGACAAUGGAGGAGGGGACGAUGAUGAUUCUGAUUCGGAUGAGUCAGACUCUGGUAUUGGUCACAUUGACGAGUACAUGAUCAAGUUUAUUGAAGAUGGAUGGUUUUGGUAA